UAUUAUUGACAUUGACAGUGUUGAUUGAUUCGAAAGAUUCUUUUUUGUAAAAGCAAAAAUACUAAGGCAGUCGAUGAAAGUAAUUAAUUUUGUUAACUCUUGUAGAUGUUACUCGUCUUUUACUUAAAUUUCACUGAAACCGCUUCUUAUCUUUGAUAAUAAUUUAAUAACAUGGCUUCACCGUCACCAAAAUCGCCGGAACAAAGUGAAAAGACUAAACAAUAUGACCGGCAACUACGGCUAUGGGGAGAUCAUGGUCAAUCUGCACUUGAACAUGGGCAUAUUUGUUUAAUUAACGCUACAGCCUUAGGUACUGAAAUAUUAAAAUCUAUAGUAUUGCCUGGAGUUGGUGCUAUUACUAUAGUAGACGAUAAAGCAGUAAGCGAUGAGGAUAUUGGAAGCAAUUUUUUCUUGGAAUGUUCCAGUAAGGACUUGAAUAGAGGUACAGAGGCUUUGCGAUUGUUACUAGAAUUAAAUCCAGCUGUCCGAGGGCAUGCAGUUCAAGAGCCUACAGACCAAAUUCUUAGAGAAAACCCUGAUUUCUUUAAAGCUUUUAGUGUAGUUAUAGCUACAGCUCUUGGAGAAAAAACUAUUCAGGAUCUAGCUCAACAUUUAUGGGAUGUAAAUGUCCCCCUGAUCCUGUGUAGAUCAGUUGGAUUUUUAGGAUCUUUCAGGAUUCAAAUGAAGGAACAUGCCGUCAUUGAAACUCAUCCUGAUAAUGAACAAACAGAUUUGAGGCUUGAUGCACCAUUCCAAUCUUUAGCAGAUUACUUAGACAGUUUUGAUAUAAAUUCUGUUGAUUUGAAAGAUCAUGGCCACAUACCAUGGAUUGUAAUUAUCUACAAAGCUGUGCAAAAAUGGCAAACCAGUAAUCAAAAUCGUUGGCCAAUGAGUAGAAAAGAGAAGAAUGAGGUGAAAUCUAUUAUUAGUGAAUUUAUAAGAAGGGAUGAAAAUGAUGUCCCGAUUAAUGAAGAAAAUUUUGAAGAAGCCAUAAGAGCCGUUAAUACUGCACUAAUGCCAACAUAUUUACCUGUAAAGAGUCAAGAAUUGUUGUACUGCAGUGCUGCUACCAACUUAACUAAGGAUAGCACCCCUUUUUGGAUAAUGUGCUCUGCAUUGAGAGGGUUUGUCGAGGGUGAAGGUAAGGGCAAGCUGCCUGUCAAAGGUGUAUUACCAGACAUGACUGCAUCAACAGACCACUACAUCAAACUACAAAAUCUAUACAGAACCCAAGCGGCAAUGGAUGCUGAAAUAGUGUAUAGAAAAGUGCAACAAAUUGUUGCCCAAUUACAUUGCGAUAACAUCAGUGAAGCCGAUGUGAAACUGUUCUGUAGGCAUGCACAUGACUUACAUCUUAUUAGUGGGUCUAGUAUAGCUUCAGAGUACCAACUGACUAGUUCAGUUGCUUCUUACAUAGCCAGACAUUUAGAGGAGCCCGAUGUGAUGAUGGUACAUUAUGUGUUAUUAAGAGCUGCUGAAAUGUUUGCAUCAGAACACUGUAGAGCUCCAGGUGAUUGGGAACCUGAGGGUGACAGUGCUAAAUUAAAAGCUUGUGUCACUAAGCUCCUCAGUGAUGUAUCUUGUUCUCCAUUCCCUAAAGAUGAUCAUGUUCAUGAAAUGUGCCGAUAUGGUGGAGCAGAAGUACAUAGUGUGUCAGCAUUUUUAGGUGGUUGUGUGGCUCACGAGGCCAUUAAAAUCGUAACUAAACAAUAUAAACCAGUGAACAAUACAUUUAUAUAUGAUGCUGCUUCUACUAACACUGCUACAUUUACAUUUUAAAUGAAUACUCACUUUAAUAAAUUAUUUGUAAACAAUAUGGAAUUUCAUUUCACGUUUAUGCAAAAUGUAAUAGGGUAAAAAUAAAAUUGAA